AUGUCCACAGCUUCUCCCAUAAAUCGUGCACGCGUCCUUCACCUUUACCGCUCCUUUCUCAAAGCCGGCGACAAGUUUUCUAACUAUAACUUCCGUGACUAUGUAAAGCGCCGUGCCAGAGAUGCAUUCAAGGAAGCAAAAAACGAGACCGAUCUCACGAGCAUAAAGCGAUUGGUAGAGAAAGCGGAAACCGAGUUGGCGAUCGUUCAAAGACAGAGUCAACUGAGUCAAUUAUAUGGUGCUGAGAAGCUAGUUGUUGAAGAUUGGGAGGGAUCUGGGAAGAAGAGUCGGAUACGAGAACAUGGACCAAAUUGA